GUUGCCGAAGGCGUCAUCAUGCGUGUGGUGCCUGAAGGAAUCUCCGUGGCGAUCGAGGAGUAUGGAGCAGAAGGGACCGCGAAGCUCAGUAGUCAGAACUGGUUGCUCAUCCUCGACAAGCAAACGGCCUAUGGCAGACCCCGCACAAAGUUCGAAGGCAUCAACAUGAAAGUCUUCGACCGCGUUGUGGUUAGCAUCGAGGCGGACUUGCAAGACCUCAGCCACAGAUCUCUGAGAUUCACGUUCCUUGGUAUGCCGACAUAUCGGCCAGAUGGGAAGCUGGCUCCCGUUCCUACUGCACCCGGAAAUGCGGCUCCAGAG